AUGGCUGCGAAAGAGCAAGUACGGCCAUUGGCCAGCCACCGCUACCUCCACGUUGACGUUGAAAACGAUGACUUUUCCUUGGAGGUGAAGAAGACGCGCCACCGCCACCACGGGAAAUGCAUCAAGUGCUGCGGCUGCUGCACCGCGGUACUACUAGUCGUGGCGGUGGCUAUAAUCGUGCUAGCAACCACCGUUUUCCACGUCAAAGAUCCGACCAUAAAGAUGAACACCAUUACGAUUGAGGGUCUAAGUUUUCUCAGAGCCGGAAACUUAAACCCCAGUGUUAAUAAUAAUCUAACUCUUGUGUCGGAGGUGUCGGUGAAAAACCCAAACGCGGCGUCGUUCAAGUUCGACGAAGCGGCGACGAGUUUGUUCUACGACGGGAAAGUGGUCGGGGAGGCUAAGAUUCCGGCGGGGAAUGCCAGGGCUAGACGGACGCUGCAACUGAACGUAACGGUGGAUGUUAUGGUGGAGAAAUUAUUGGAAGUGCCACGGCUGAAAAGUGAUUUGGUCACGGGCGAGUUGCCCGUUGCUAUUUAUACCACAAUCCACGGUAAGGUUAAUCUUUUGAGGAUAGUGAAGAAGAGUGCUACCCUCAAAAUGAACUGUACCAUGUCGUUUAAUAUAUUAAGACAGGAUAUUGAGAAUCUUCAUUGCCUUAGAGACAUCUCUCUCUAG